UGUUUUGUCAAAUCUACGUAUUGAACACUGAUAGAAUUGAAAUUGCUAACUAAACACGUAUUAAUCGUUAAAAUAGUUAUAUUGUAGUACUCACGCGACUUAUUCACAAAUUAUUUGCAAAUAAAUGUCACUAUCCAAUCACUGGAUGGCACUUUGAAAUUAGCGAUCGAAGUUGACAAUUGAGACAAAUGUCUACAGGAGGCAGUGGAGCUGUAUUUUUCCUCGGAACUAGAGCUCAUUAUCAGGUCCUCCAACGGCCCGAAAAUCGUUUCGAUUUGGAUAACGGCAACGAAUCAACGGAGUCCAUCUAUCAGAAUCGUUCGGCGCAAGAGCUGUGGCCUGAGGGUAAGAUGAAGGAUUCGGACAACAAGAACCGCGUUAAAGAAUGCAAUUGGAGCUACGAAAACGAAGUUAACGUGUCCGAUGAGAAAUUAAGAGAGGAAAACACAGGCAAUGGAAUCAUAAGUCGUUCGAUGCGACGCGAAAGCGAGACGGCCUCUUGUGAAAAGGACAACGAUAUUAAGCCUGCCUUGUUGAACAUCGAUCCAGAUAGUGCGUCGUCUCCGAAGCCGCGUCGGCGUCGUCACUUCCUGUCGCUGCUGUCGUCGCUGACGCGACGCAAGCGACGCCACGACGCUGACGAGACCCAAUACCUGCGCCACAUCGAAAGCGCGCUGAUGACCUGCACGUACAAGGAGUCCUGUCGCUGUCUCGACUGUCAGAGCCGUUACUUCGAGUGUGACGAGAGCGAGGAUUACUCGUCGGACGACAGCGACUAUUACCCUCAGCAGAUCCUCCCUCCAGCGCCGCAGCCGAUGCAGCAGGAGGAAGAUGACGAGGUAUUUGUCGACACGGCUCCAAGCGAUAACACCUCAACCGACAUGCUUCUCGAGAAAGAGAAGGCAUCGAUAUCUUCGGAGGAAGUCGACGAGUCGGAGGAGGAUAACAUGCAUCUGGAAGUGGCGGCCGGAACGCCAAUUCUUCUCAACUAUUUACUGACACAUCCGAUAACGUGUGCCAUACAGUAGUUGACUCGCCCCUCAAACAGCUGGUGGGUCAGCGAAUCUCAAACUUUCGAAUCGAUUUUAGUCGAUUAUUUUCAAACUAAAAUCGAUUAACAAACAAGACAAGAUUAACAAUCAACAAUUGUUCGUAUUAAGCUGUUUAAGAUGAUUCGCGUUGAUUUAAAUGGAUUACGCUUAGAUGUUGCACUAAUAGCUUUAUGGCUGGCGAUAAUUUAUUCACUCAAAUCAUAGAAAUUGGGAAACUGUAAAUGCUUGUCUUUUUUUUCCUACCUAUGCUGAUAGCCUUGAGAGGCUAUAUCAGCGUUACUCUAGCAUGUAGGUGAGCUCACGGGGCUCAA